AUUCUUUACGUGGUCGAAGCUACGUCAUUUUUCGUGUAUAAAUGUCCGAGGAUCCCUUGAACGCAGCGCUGUGGCUGAUUUCUGAUAGUUGCGGACGGAGGUACGACUGACAGCAAAUCUCAUGGAAAGCCCCACUGAGGCAGCGGCUGACUCCUCAGCGCCCACCUUUUCCCAGGUGGUGUUCAUCGACAUCCCUCACUCAUACCCACCUUCCACCCAUGUCACCUGCUGCUACACCAUCGCCCCUACUUUCCAGCCCAACCCCAGAGACUGGGUGGGCAUUUUUAAGGUGGGUUGGAGCACAACAAAGGAUUAUCAUACCUUUGUGUGGGUGGAGCCCUGUCAGGACGUGGAAGGGCAGCAGCCAGGGAAGAGGUACUCUCUUUUCAGAGAUUACUACCUGCCCAAAGAUGAGAUCGAGUUCUACCAGUUCUGCUACGUUGACAGCAGCGGCCAGGUGAGAGGAGCCAGCACUCCUUUCUGUUUCAAAAACCCUGUGGAGCAAAACCUGGAGAGCAGCAUGGACGACGACCUCCUGGUUAUCACGACGCAGGAACAGGUGGAACAGAGUUUGCAUGAAAAGGCUAAACUGCAGAGAGAGUUGGAUCAGAUGAGAGCUGAAAACGAAGCAUUAAAAAGCGCCCUGCAGAGGGAGCAGCAAGAGGUCGCCUGCUCCAAGGGCCGGGAUGGAGAGAAAGAGAAAGAAAUGGCUAAAUUGGUCAAAGAGCUGGAUCAAGUCAAGGAACAGAGCGAAAAAAACAUAAUGACUCUACGGGAGCAACUUAAAGAAAAGGAGGAGAUGUUGAUCCAGAUGGCGAAGCAGAUGGAGAUACAGCAACAGAACGAGCAGAAAAAACUGAGCCAGAGCUUGAAUUUAGAGGGAACGCCAAGACCAGAUGAGGAGAAAUACAGUCGAGCUGUGAUGAAGAUCAACCAGCUGAAAGAGGAGCGUGACAAGCUGAACCAGAGGAUUGAUCUCCAACGUGACGAGAUCACGAGGAUAAACGCCAAAUUCAGAGAACAAGAACGAGAACUGUUCAAAACCAAAGACCACAUCCAGCUUCUAGAGGUUGACCUUCAGAGCAGCAGGAAGGAGAAGCAGAAGCUGGCUGCAGAGCUACAGAAGUUGCAAAGCCUUGCUCAGAAGAUGGACGAAGUGACCAGGGAGAACCAGGAUUUACAGAGGAGGCUGUCACAGCAGGAGAUAGUGCACAUCUCCUCAGACGACGACCUAAAGGUGCAGUGUCAGACUCUGUCCAGGCAGCUGCAGGACGCUCAGAUGAGGCUGACGUCCGAGAGGGAAGAGUGCAAGAACAUGAGGAGAGCAGCUGAGCUUAAGGAUGAAGAGCUGCACAAUGUCAAGGAUCAGCUGGAGAAAGUGGUCGACAUGUACAACCAGGAACAACGGAAAAGCAGCAAAUACGAGCUCCAACUCAAAGACGCCCACGAAGCGAUCGCAGACAAGAACAUUGACAUCGACGAGUUCGAAAAACGGCUCCUUCUGGCAGGAAGGGAGAAAGAAGAACUCGCCAGAGAGAACGAGGAACUCAGAGGCAACAUCGAGGGGAUUCGCAGACUUUACGCAGCUUCUGCGUUGACGGCCGGUGACGCGUCAGCCACUCACGAGCCACAGGGGCCGUCCCAGGAGGAAGCGCCCCUGUAUGAGGCGCCCUUGUAUGAGAGCAUCGGGAGCAUUGGAGACCAGCAACAGGUGGUGGCGGAGGAGGAGGAGCAGUCACUGGUGUGUCGUCACUGCCAGGAGCGCUUCCCUGGCAUAACCCAGAACGAGCUGGAGCAGCACGAGCAGAGUCACAAAGUGUGUCCCUUCUGCACGAUGAUCUGCGACAACAUGGAUCAGGCGGUGUUUGAGGAUCACGUUUACAGCCACGAGGUGUGAGGGCUGUCGCCGGGCGCGGAGGAGGGGCGGUCUGAAGGCGGAUCCACAUGUCUUACACGACGGGUGGUCAUGGGCGGAGGACCAUUUUUACUAAUUUACUGCAAGUUAUGUAAACUUUGACUGUUUCCAAAAACAUUUAAGUGCCAUGAAUAUCAGCUUGUGGAUUGAAAACUGUCCGAUAUAUGUAACUCAUCAGUUUCUUAUCUUUAAGGUGUUGGUUAAAUACCCCCAGACUUCUGUACUCAUCUCCUCUUCUUCUCUUAUACUGAGAACUGAUGCUCCGCAGAUGUAGAUCUACAAUAAUUGAUGUUUUGGGGCAUGUAGACACAUGUAUCUGAUCAGAUCUUAUUAAUUAGUGUAUGCGUAAACAGUUAAAUUCUGAUCAGAAUGAUUAAUCGGAUUUAGGAAGGACAAAAAAAAAAGUACUGAUUAACAGAAAAAUAGCAUAAAAGAUAUAAAACGUUUAAGACAUUAGCCCAAAGGGGGACGCUUUGGAAAACAGACAGCAGUUUAACAUAGUUGGAUUAGAUUAUUAUAUAAUAAACCAUGUAAAACUCAGUAUAUUAACCACAGCUUUGCACUUACUUGCCUCGUAGGGAAAUUUGCCAGAUUACCCGUCUUCCUGAUUCUGAAAUGUAUCUUGAAUGAGUGUUGUGACAAGUGACUGUAAUUGUUAUUGCAUCUGAAUGUUUAUGCCAGAUAAUAAAAACUCAUGACGAGGCUGA